GAGAUCAGCUGUGCUUCUCUGGCCUCAGCUCUGAAGUCCAACCCCUCCCAUCUGAGACACCUGGACCUGAGUGGAAACUGGGACCUGCAGGAUUCAGGAGUGAAGGAUCUGUGUGGUUUUCUGCAGAGUCCAGACUGUGGACUGGAGACUCUGAGGUUGAGGGGCUGCAGUUUGUCAGAGAUCAGCUGUGCUUCUCUGGCCUCAGCUCUGAAGUCCAACCCCUCCCAUCUGAGACACCUGGACCUGAGUGGAAACAACCUGCAGGAUUCAGGAGUGAAGGAUCUGUGUGGUUUUCUGCAGAGUCCAGACUGUGGACUGGAGACUCUGAGGUUGAGUUCCUGCAGUUUGUCAGAGAUCAGCUGUGCUUCUCUGGCCUCAGCUCUGAAGUCCAACCCCUCCCAUCUGAGAGACCUGGACCUGAGUAAAAACAACCUGCAGGAUUCAGGAGUGAAGGAUCUGUGUGGUUUUCUGCAGAGUCCAGACUGUGGACUGGAGACUCUGAGGUUGAGUUCCUGCAGGUUGUCAGAGAUCAGCUGUGCUUCUCUGGCCUCAGCUCUGAAGUCCAACCCCUCCCAUCUGAGACACCUGGACCUGAGUGAAAACAACCUGCAGGAUUCAGGAGUGAAGGAUCUGUGUGGUUUUCUGCAGAGUCCAGACUGUGGACUGGAGACU